AUGGCAAACCGCCUCAAGGUCCUUCUUCCGCAGUUCAUAAACAAAGCUCAAGGAGCCUUUGUGGGAGGCCGUAGCAUUGGUGAAAACAUCCUUCUAUGCCAAGAGCUUAUGCAGGGAUACCAUAAGGACACUCUUGAAAAGAAAUGUGCCAUAAAGAUUGAUAUUAUGAAAGCUUAUGACUCUUUGAAUUGGGAUUUCUUACUUGCUGCUCUUAAUACCAUUGACAUACCGCAAACUUUCAUAACUUGGAUAAGGAGUUGCAUCACUAGUCCUAAGUUUUCAGUGGGCUUAAAUGGUGAACUUGUGGGCUUCUUCAAAAGUUUUCCUAAGAAAGCUCUUGUUAAGGAGAUAGUUUAUGGAGAGACUUGGAAAUGGCUGGAAGCCAAUUUUGUCCAUCUCUUGGAGAUAAAAAAAUCAUAUGCUUGUUGA